AUGCCGAGGCAUUUUCACGGAGAGGGCGUCAGCAGGUGGAAGAGAAUAGCAUGGCAUGCCACGGCGGGCCAUAAGGCGUAUUCCGGUUCUACGAGGGCAGUGCGAGAAGCCUACAUUAACCCAUUGAUUUCCCCGUCUCUGCCAUCUCUUUUUGCAGUCCAGUUGUAUAGCCAGAAGCUAGCGGAGAACUUCUCGAAUACUCUCAGUGAUUUCCACGCGCUAGAAAUGGCUACUCUUGCCUUCAAACCUUAUACUUAUAAGCCAACUGCUCCGCGCUCCAAGAGCACAGCAACCUACCGCAGACCUGCUGCGGAACAGGCCCGGAAUUCGAGCACUGUUUUCGGCGGUAGCGACAAAGCAAAUAAUAACGAAACCGACGACAACGACCGAGACCUCCCCACAAUCGAAGAAUUGCUGUUCACCAAUCUACAAGCGCAGGGCUUUACAACCGGGGAUCGAGGCCUAGAUAAGACGAGCGGAGUUGAGGAGGUAGCUGCAGAUGAGAAUGAUCCAAUUGUCCUCCUGGGCGACAGCAAUUUGAGUGCCUCCGAAGCCGAAGCCAAUGACGUUAGUCUUUGCGCCGAAAGUGCAAUAGUACCAGGCGCUAGACUUUUCGAUAGCCCAGAGACAGCCAUCGACUCGACAACUCCGGCCCCUCCUCGCAGUUCCGAUGGGUGGUACGAUAUUGAUGACUUCCUCGAGCCGGCUCCGCGCUCACAGCUUGCGGAACAAGGAGCUUCGACGCCAGACUCUUUGCCUCCUCAUACCCCUUCUUUGCGCCUCUCGAGCGAGCCAUUAUACGAUAAGGAUCGUCUUUAUACCGGUCGAGGCGUGGCAGACGAACACGAGCUGGUUGACCAUACCCUCAACACUCUCUUUAUUGAUGAAGGGGUGAUAAAGCAGCAAGAGGUGGAGCAGGAGCAGAAGAAGGACGAAGGCAAUACUAAGGAUGAAGACGAGGGGCCGCAGCAAGAGAUGAAUGUUGUGGCACCAGUAGUAAUGGCUGAAAGGGCUAGUAGAAGUCUAAGACUAGCCAACCGACGGCAAUCGCUUCCUAACCUCAACUCAUCUCCAGAGCCGAGUUAUAACGAGGUAGGAAGCCGAAGCGGUGGUAAUAGCGACGACGAGCUCAAUAGCACCAACUCGGCCGAGGAUAAUGAGAAGAAAUCACGUCCUGCUAAGCGGAAGCAGCUGUCCUCAUCUCACGAUGGCCCAAUACGCAAGAAGCCCAGGCGCCCUCUUCAGGAAAGCUCUUCCUGCCAGCGUAGACCUCUCUCCAAGCCCCAUCGCCAAUACCUUAAGUCACACUCCCCUCUCGACCAGUGUUCAAGAGUCGCUACGAGCUCGAGUACCAAGGGCCAAUUGCCUUCACCAGCGCCUUCUAUACUACAAAGCAUAGAUACAAAGAUGUCGCUUAGCAACUCUAACCUUAGCCCAUCAUCUAGAGCUACGCCACCGACGCUGACCGAGAUCACAUUCCGUCCGCACUCCGCAUACUGCUACUCCUUCACGGCGACGAUCCGGGACGGUUGUAACGGGCGAGGAGUCUCUCUCGCCCAGCUAGCUCGACUCAUCGCGAGCACCGGUCACAUAGGGAAGAUUAACGACUUCACCAUCAAGCCGAUUGAGCAACAUUCGUACCUCUUGAGUGGCUUCAGCCGGCAUACAUCGUCAUCGAUUACCGCAGAGGCAGGCCGUGACCACGUCGAUGCGACGCGUACCCGACCCCAGGAUAGCAAAGUCGUUGAUGCUGGAGCCUUUAUAUCGCGGGGGAGUGAGCCCUCAAGUAGCGAUGACGAUGAGAGUGGAUUGAGCGACAGCGAUCCCGAACUCGGCAGCGACUGUGACAGUGACGGAUGUUCGAGCGAGGACGAGCUGGGCCGUUCGGGCUCGAGGAUGAAUGUCCCAUGGGAUCCUAUAGACGAGCAGCGCUUGCUGGCGUACAAGAAGGAGGGCAAGUCGUGGAAGUGGAUCUUCCGCCAGUUCCCAGGCAGGACUCAGCCUGCAGUACGCACACGUUUGAACAUCGUACAGGCCAGAGGCGAGUAG